AUUGCAGUCUACAAGUCACCUUCUAAGAUAUUUACGAAGCGAAUUGAGUUUGUACGUGGCUCUUCUUGUGUACCGUGAGUAGGCAGGCAUAAAGGGAGAGGAAACAUGAAGCAUCUCUUGUGACUUGUCUUCAGCGUUAGUUAUUCGAUAAUAUAAAAAAGCACACAUUUUUACUAUGUUUUCGGACUUUUUCAAAAUUGAAAUUGGUCUCGAACAACAAUCCGUAGGCUUGUCUUUUCCUCCACGUGAAUGUUUUGGUGGGUUUUUCAGUUCCUGUCUAAGUGAAUGAACUUGAAGGCUACUUGCUCCGUGGAUGAGCUUUCUCAAGGCGGGAGGUUUGAAGGUACAUGGCAGAGUAUUUUCCUUCGUAGAUGAACUAUCUCAAGUCAGGAAGGUUUAGCUUGUGAGGUUGUCAAUUAGUGCAUCCAUAAUGAAUAAUCUUAGUUUGAUUCAGUUGGGAAAUACCCCAUAACCCGGUUGUGCAAAAAGUCUCUGGUGGAUUCAUCUUGGGGAGGCUAAGAUAAUUGUGAAGCCAAUCUGAAAUGAAUGCAAUUGGGUCUCUUUGGUUGCUGUUUUUCCUUUCUGGAGCAUUAAUAAAUGGGUAUUGUAGCAAUGUUAACUCUAGACCUGAUAUGGUGAAUGUUGGAGCCAUUUUCACUUUUGAUUCUACCAUUGGUAGAGUUGCCAAGGUUGCCAUUCAGGAAGCCAUGAAGGAUGUGAACUCUGAUCCCAACGUUCUCCGUGGAACCAAGCUUAAUGUCAUUAUGUCGAAUUCCAAUUGCAGCGGAUUUGUGGGCAUGGUUGAAGCCUUGCGAUUCAUGGAGACCGAUAUUGUUGCCAUCAUUGGCCCACAAUCUUCUGUAGUAGCCCAUAUUGUAUCCCAUGUUGCAAACGAACUCCAUGUUCCUCUAUUGUCAUUUGCAGCUACAGACCCUACUUUAUCUUCCCUUCAAUUCCCAUAUUUUCUUAGAACAACACAUAGUGAUCUGUACCAAAUGACUGCCAUAGCUGAGAUUAUUGGUUAUUAUGGUUGGAAGGAGGUGAUUGCUAUAUAUGUUGAUGAUGAUUAUGGGCGAAAUGGUGUCGCAGCUCUUAAUGAUAAACUUGCUGAAAGGCGCUGUAAAAUCUCUUUCAAGGGUGGUAUUCACCCAGGAAGUGUUGACCGGGGUGAUAUCAUGGAUCUUCUUGUUAAAGUUGCAAUGAUACAAUCUCGGAUUAUUGUUCUUCAUGUAAAUCCUGAUGUUGGUUACAACUUUUUUCCCGUGGCACAAUAUCUUGGAAUGAUGGGUAAUGGGUUUGUAUGGAUAGCUACAGAUUGGCUCGCAUCUGUUUUGGAUUCAGCUGUUCGCCUUCCGUCUGAGAUCAUGAACACGAUGCAAGGGGUUCUUGUUCUACGUCAACACACACCAGAUUCAGAAAGAAGGAAAUCCUUUUUCUCCCGCUGGAACAAGAUUAAUGGUGGUUCUUUGGGCCUGCAUGCCUAUGGGCUUUAUGCUUAUGACUCUGUUUGGCUUGUGGCUCAUGCUAUUGAUGCUUUUUUCAAUCAAGGUGGAGUUAUUUCUUUUUCUAAUGAUUCUAGGUUACUUUCUGCCGAAGGUAGUAAUCUUCACCUUGAGGCAAUGAGCAUUUUUGAUGAUGGGGACCUCCUACUCAGGAAUAUAUUGUGGAGUAACUUUGUUGGUUUGACUGGUCCUUUUAAGUUUAAUCCAGACAGGUCUCUUUUUCAACCUGCAUAUGAUAUUAUUAAUGUAAUUGGAACUGGGUAUCGACAAAUUGGUUACUGGUCCAAUUAUUCUGGUUUAUCGACAAAGCUUCCUGAGAUACUCUAUACAAUGCCACCAAAUCGUUCAACCUCAAGCCAGAGCCUAUACCCUGUUAUUUGGCCAGACGGAACUCUAUCAAUACCUCGUGGAUGGGUUUUCCCUAACAAUGGGAAACAAUUGAGAGUUGGGGUACCUAGAAGAGUCAGUUUCCGGGAAUUUGUAUCUCAAGAGCGAGGGACUGAUAAUUUCCAGGGUUUUUGCAUAGAUGUAUUUAUGGCUGCUGUAAAUUUGUUACCUUAUGCUGUACCAUAUAUAUUUAUCCCCUUUGGAAAUGGUACGGAAAAUCCAAGCUACUCAGAGCUCGUCAACAUGAUUACAACAGGGAAUUUUGAUGCUGCUGUCGGUGACAUUGCCAUAGUCACAAAUCGAACAAGGAUUGUAGAUUUUACGCAGCCAUAUGCGUCAUCUGGAUUGGUUGUUGUGGCCCCAUUUGAGAAGUUACAUACCGGUGCUUGGGCUUUUCUCCGGCCAUUGAGUCGACAAAUGUGGAUUGUCACUGGCUGUUUCUUUCUUUUUGUUGGAAUAGUCGUGUGGAUUUUGGAGCAUCGAAUAAAUGAUGAUUUUCGGGGAUCCCCAAAGAAACAAAUUAUAACCAUUUUAUGGUUUAGCUUGUCAACUUUAUUUUUUUCUCAUAGAGAGAACACUGCGAGCAACCUUGGUCGCAUGGUGCUACUUAUAUGGCUCUUUGUGGUUUUGAUAGUAAAUUCUAGCUACACUGCAAGUUUGACAUCGAUCCUUACCGUGCAGCAGCUAGCUUCUCCCAUAAAAGGAAUUGAAAGCUUAAAAAAGGGUGAUGAGCCGAUUGGCUACCAAGUUGGUUCUUUUGCUGAGCAUUAUUUGAGUGAGGAACUCGGAAUAUCUAAAUCUAGACUCAAACCACUUGGAUCACCUGAAGAAUAUGCAUCAGCACUUAAACUUGGCCCUAAUAAGGGUGGUGUUGUGGCUAUAGUCGAUGAACGUCCAUAUAUGGAGCUUUUUCUGUCAAGCCAGUGCUCAUUCCGGGUUGUAGGUCAAGAAUUUACCAAAAAUGGCUGGGGUUUUGCAUUUCCACGGGACUCUCCACUGGCUAUUGAUAUGUCAACUGCGAUUCUGGAGCUAUCUGAGAAUGGCGAUCUCCAAAGGAUCCAUGACAAGUGGUUGAAGCAAAGUUCUUGUAUUUUAGAAAAUGCUGAACUUGAAUCGGAUCAGUUACACCUCCAGAGCUUCGUGGGGCUCUUUCUUAUAUGUGGUAUCGCUUGCUUCAUUGCUCUCUUCAUAUACUUCUUACAGAUUAUGCGCAAGUUAGCGCGUUAUUCCCCCACCGAGUCCAGUUCAACUAGUCACCAAGGUAGUACUCUCCGUUCAGGACGUCUUAGAAAAUUUCUGUCAUUGAUGGAUGAGAAGAAAGAGCCGUCUCAUGGGGGGAGCAAGAGAAGGAAAAUUGAAAAAUCAUUAUCGGAAAAUGACCGGGACAAGGAGUCGCGUAAUAGCUCCAACGAUGGACAAAGGGAAGUAAGGGCCAAUGUAGACGCGAGAAGAAGCAGUUCCUUACCUCUAAAUCUUUAACUUCAUAUUUUCAUACCAUCUGGAACUGAGAUCACAGCAUUGCGGCUGUCUAUAAUCAUUUUUCUCCGGCAAGUAUAAGCUAGCCAUGCAUUUUUCGAAUGUAAUAUCCGGUUUGAUGCUCAAAGCAUGGCGGGAAUUGUUCAAAUUUGAACGCUAUUGCAGUGUGUUCAGUUUUCAAUUGUAGAUGCUAAAGAAUAGUGAUUCGUAUUCGUCUGAGUCUUACAAUCUUGUGCUUCCAAUGGUAUUACCAUUUAAGAUCAAGAUUGUGUUGGCUCUAAGAUAUGACCUAAUAAUGCAAGUUUUGGCCCAAUUUAUCUUAU